CCAAACACUAAUGAGACACACACAUUAACAAAGUUCCAUUCUAUUCUUCCUCUUAUAACACCUACGCCUACUCUUUCUUAAAUUCACCAAAAAAUGAACAUGAGUGCAUUUGAUUCUGAAUGUAGUAGUGGAUGUGAGUCAGGUUGGACUCUAUACUUCGAACAUUCUUAUGGAAGUGAAGGGUAUUAUGGGAAAUACAAAGACAAAAGAGUCAUCACAAAUGAUGAAAAUUACUCUCAAGAUUUAUCCAUGCUUUCUGAUGCUUCUUCUGGUCCUCCACAUGUUGCUUAUGAUGAUGAUGGUGAUAAUGGUUACUUCAAUGAAAAACAUAAUGGUAAUUCCUUAGUGAAACAGAAGAAGAACAAGAGUGAAGCAAAGAAACAGAAAGUUAGAGAAAAUGUUGGAGAAGAUCAACAGAAUCUUUCUUCUUUUCUUCAUGAUACUGCUAGCUCUCAUGUCUUUGACUUUUCAACUAACAAUGUUAUUGAGACAAAUCAACAAAAUUAUUCACAAGGUUUCUCAGCUACUAACUAUUUUGAGGGAACAUCUUCAUAUCAAGAAGAACAAUUUGGUUUUUUGCAACAAUCUCAAUCAGAAAAUGAACUUCAAGGCAACAACAGGUGGUAUGGAAGAAAAAAAGGUUUUGGAAUGAGGUGAAGAAAAGAUCAGUUGUAUUAAUUGCUGCAUCUGCUUUUGAAGUUACUCAAGAUUAAUGCUGUAGAAGAAUUUAAUUUCUGUUUUUUUUUCACUGUUACUUUGUCCAUGUAGUGGGAAACAACUUGUAAGGGCAAGUUGGUCAUUUUCUUUUGCUUUAGAAAAUGUAAUUUUCUUGUUAAUUAAUGGUGAUUAUAAGCUAAAAUUUUC